AUGUUGGAUCGACUAUCAACAAGUUCUGGAACAGCGCAAUCGACCACUUGUAGUCAAACAUCAAGCCGGCCGAGCACGAUCGCUUAUGAGAAGCCGACGGAUGACGAGGUUCACCAAAAGCCGUGGAAAUACAUAGGAUACAAAGGAUACUCCGACUUCAUCUCCUCCGAAGAUGACUUUUUCCUUCUCCGACGGUUUGAUGAGUUGAAUGUUAGGGUUGCGCUCGCGAUGCAAGAUGAGAUUACGCAGCUUGAGGAGGAGCUUGAAGACGUAGAUAAGGGCACAAUGGCGGCAAAUGCCCCAGACUUCAACAAUAGCACAUUGAGAGGGGACAUUGAAGGGCGUUCUACUUUGAUUAAAGAGAUAUCUCAAAAGUUGAGGCACUACAACGAGCUUAUCCUUCAACAGCCCGCACUAAGACGGUUUCCGAAGGCUGCAAAGAGACAUCGAAAGAACCUCCAGAAUUGGCAUUUCAAUCACGAUUUCGCAGCAAUCGCGCGCGAGGAGCAAGCCUAUCUGGCAAAGGAAGAUCUCAUAUCUGUCGCAUACACAGAAAAGACUCCUUUAAGGCAGGUCAUUGAUAGUUCACUGCGACUCAGGACACUGUCAAUUUGGAGACAUCGAGAGAACGAAGCCCCCAGCUAUGACGCUCGUGAGGUGUCUUACUACUCUGACGAACGUAUGAAUGCAUUCGUAUCGGCGGUGAUCAUCGCCAUUGGAGUGUUCAUGCUUCUGACUCCCAUCUGGGUUCUCCAGGCUAUAGAGGAUCUCAAGGGAAAGCUUGCCGUAAUUACGAUAUUUGUUUUCAUAUUUCUUCUUGUUUUAUCCCUAGGCAUGGUUGCUAAGCCAUUCGAAGUUCUUGGAGCUACGGCAGCUUCAGAUACGCAGCAGUUCUAA